AUGACUCCAGAGCACACGUGGGCAGGCCCCUCCCCACUGCCUCGCAGAGAGGUCGGCCUCACGAGCAGCCCGCGGCGUCCUGCCAAGCUAAGUCAUCGCCUCUGUUCCAUCCCGCCCCCGUCUCCACGACUGCAACACGCCCACGUGCACGACGCUGUGGGCGUGCACGGCAGCGUGGGCGUGCACGUUGCCCCCCACCCUGUGUGCCCCCCCCCCCUCCCCCCACCCCAGGGGGCCGUGAGCGAGUACGACGGCUGCCCCAAGGACAACGCCUCGUUCGUGUGCAACAAGAAGACCAGCUGCAAGAGCUGCUCCUCGGACCAGAACUGCCAGUGGGAGCCACGCAACCAGGAGUGCAUCUCCCUGCCAGAGAACGUGUGUGGCGAGAGCUGGCACCUGGUGGGCAACUCGUGCCUCAAGUUCCUGACGGCGAAGGACUCGUAUGACAACGCCAAGCUGGCGUGCCGCGGGUACAGUGGCGUGCUGGCCUCGCUCACCUCCCCCAAGGAGGUGGACUUCGUCCUGAAGGAGCUGCAGAUCAUGAGCGUGGUGUACAAGGCGCUGGUGACCCCCUGGGUGGGCCUGAGGAAGAUCAACGUGUCGUACUGGUGCUGGGAGGACAUGUCGCCCUUCUCCAACACCAGCCUGCAGUGGCUGCCCGGGGAGCCCAGCGACGCCGGCUUCUGCGGCUACCUGGCGGAGCCGGCGGCCAGCGGCCUGCGCGCCCAGAGCUGCAUCAACCCCGUCAACGGCAGCCUGUGCGAGCGCCCCGCCAACCACAGCGCCAAGCCAUGCCGCACGCCGUGCGCCAUGCGCACCAACUGCAACGAGUGCACCAUCAGCAGCUCGGAGUGCAUGUGGUGCAGCAACAUGAAGCAGUGUGUGGACUCCAACGCCUACGUCGCCUCCUUCCCCUUCGGCCAGUGCAUGGAGUGGUACACCCUGAGCACCUGCCCACCGGAGAACUGCUCGGGGUACGGGACCUGCUCCCAGUGCAUGGAUCAGCCCGGCUGCGGCUGGUGCACCGACCCCAGCAACACGGGCAAGGGCCAGUGCAUGGAGGGCUCCUACCGGGGGCCCUUCCAGACGGAGGUGCCCGCCCCCUCCAGCCUGCCCGGCAUGGCGCCCGGCCUGCAGGUGGCGCUCAACGCCAGCAUGUGCCCCGGCCAGGCCAAGUACAACUGGUCCUUCGUCCACUGCCCAGCGUGCCAGUGCAACGGCCACAGCCAGUGUGUGAACCAGAGUGUGUGUGAGAAGUGCGAGGACCUCACCACCGGAACCCACUGCGAGAGCUGCGUCUUCGGCUUCUUCGGCGAACCCACCAACGGCGGCAGCUGCCAGCCGUGCCGGUGUAACGGCCACGCUGGCAUGUGUAACCCCACCAACGGAAAGUGUUACUGCACCACCAAAGGCAUCAAGGGAGACCGCUGCCACCUGUGUGAAGUGGAGAACCGUUACCAAGGCAACCCCCUGAAAGGAACCUGCUACUACACGCUGCUCAUCGAUUACCAGUUCACCUUCAGCCUAUCCCAGGAGGACGACCGCUACUACAUCGCCAUCAACUUCGUGGCCACGCCGGAGGAGCCGAACCGCGACCUGGACAUGUUCAUCAACGCUUCCAAGAACUUCAACCUGAACAUCACCUGGGCCACCAGCUUCACAGCUGGGACCCAGAGUGGGGAGGAGAUACCCAUCGUCAACCGGAUCAACAUCAAGGAGUUCAAGGAGAGCUUCUCCAACGAGAACUUUGACUUCCGCAACAACCCCAACAUUACCUUCUUCGUCUACGUCACAAACUUCACCUGGCCCAUCAAGAUACAGGUGAGCGCCAGCUCCAAGUCCCCAGAAAAUUACUCUGGUCCCCCCGGAGGGUCAAAGGUCAACUCACUGUGGACCUGGAGAAGACCGAGGGUCUAAUGCGUUUUACCGUCAGAGGUCAAAGGUUAACUCACUGUUGACCAGGGUUUGGAUUCUCUUGGUACCUCACGAUUCGACUAGAUUCCGACUAUGAGGUCAACGAUUCGAUUCUAAAGCGAUUAUCGAUGCAUCUCGAUGCAACAAUUUUAUGUAUAUUUCCAUGCAUGAAUUUCAAAGAAAGAUAUACAUACAUCUGAGUGUGCUAAUCACUUCCUACUUUUCUGAUGAUCAUUAAAGACAUCAACAGAUUAAUUAACUUAUCUAAUAUUUAUUAGAGAAAAAGCUUUUGUCACAAAUAUGACUUUCUAUGACCAAUACAAUAAUCAAUGCAGCUUGCAUUACAACACAUUAUGGAAGUAUGUAAAAAAUAGGGUUCAGUUUUCUUUUCUUUGUCAUUAAAGAAAAAGCUGCUCUUGAACUCUGAGUUCUUGUGUCUGUCUGUGAGUUUGUGUGCAUGCUAUGCUAUGCGUAGGCUAAAUCGCAAUCAUGUUAAGGACAAAUCUGAUUGGCCAAUACACACUGAAGAUAAAUUAAAUCAUUUUAAAAUUACAAAAAUUAUCCCUCUGGCGAACAGAAUGUUGAAGCAGGCGAACAAAUCAAAAUAAAAAGAAUAACAAAAAGCAUUGCAUUUGACCACCAGAGGUUAACAUUUUGUUCAUCUCACAGAGGUCAAAGGUUAAUCCCACGGUGGACCUUAAGAAGGUUAAGAGGCAUUUUCACGAAGGUGAAACCGUUUUGGUCCACCAGAGGUCAAAGCUUAACGUUGCCAUUCAAUAAGUGGAAUACCCAACUCCAGGUUCUAACUCGGCAAUAUAGGAAGUGCGUUCUCUUCCGUCGACACGGCCCGCCCCCCCCCCCCCCCCCCCAUGGUAA